AUGCCACCUGCUCGAUGUACUCGUAAACAAUCCAAACCAACUCCACCUCCUGCAACUCUAAACGAUUGUAUCCUUGUCAACGAUAACAAUCAUGUGGGACCAGGACAUGACAUUCAUGUCAGACCGUUUGUGUGUAAAUUCGAAGGAUGUAACAAAGCCUUUGCUAGGAAGAGUGACCUAGCCAGGCACUUUCGUAUACAUACCAAUGAUAGACCAUUUGUGUGCACUUAUAGAGGAUGUAACAAGUCAUUCAUUCAGCGCUCCGCAUUAACAGUGCACACUCGAGUACAUACUGGCGAACGCCCUCAUAUCUGUGAGAAAUGUGACAAGGCAUUUGCAGACUCUAGCUCUCUAGCCAGACAUAGGCGUAUUCAUACCGGUAAACGCCCUUACGGUUGUAAAGUAGCUGGAUGCGGUAAAAACUUUGCUCGUCGGAAUACAUAUCUCAAGCACUACAAGCGAUCUCAUCCGAACCAUCCCGCCCCUUCUUCUCACAGCACUAGAACUCGUCUCGGUUUACCCAAUCAACCGACCCGUUCGACAAGUGCCAGCUACCUUCCCGGACCCAUCGGUCCCAAUGGUCAACCCACUUACUACCUGUCCACGCCUGUUACAGCCAGUGCCCCCCACGCCUUCGCCCCCUCUCAGCCGCAGGAGGGGGCGGCGUACAACUUCAACGGCGGCUUCAACGCUCCUUACCAGACGCCGCAGCUUGUCUUUUCCUCCUCCGGACCCGGAUCUAACGGCAAUGAGUCUGGUUUCCGCAUCUACCAAGGUGACCAAGCCGGCAUAUCAAGCUUACACACCCCUACCACUGGAUCUCUCCAUGGAGACAACACUUCCGAAGGUCAUCCCACCACUCCCGAGCCAUCUUCUGCCAUCUCCAGCAGCUUCAGGCAGCAAGACCACUCACAUGGAUACAACUCGAUAGGACAUGGAUAUCCUGAAUCUUUCGUCUACAAUCAACAGAGCCAACCUAUGUCUCGAGUGCCCAGCUCAGGUGGCAUAAUGUAUUUUAAACAGGAGGACCGAUCUGUUUCUGCUCCACAUGACGCUCAUCGUUUCCAACCUCAUUAUACGACAGGUGCAUACGGUGGUGUGGGUGGAGGUUUCCAUCCUCAACAAUUGGCUUUCCCUCCUCAACAUCAGGGCCACCUUCAUCCAUCUUACUUCUCCUACGCUUCUCCCAUGACAGCCCCUCUUCGUCCAGAGUCUAUGUCCUUGGGUAAGGUAUCGAUGAUGGGACAUGAACAUCCCGGUUCUCUGCCUCAAGGUCAUUCACGUGAGGGAAGUCAAGAACCUUUGGUCGAGAUCGGAAAUGCCAACGUACCUUUUGUGAAUGUACACGGACCGACAGAUGGUGCUUUGCAAAUAUCCGGUACCAACCUACAUGCUUCUCACUUCAACCCUCUAACUCAAAACCCUCCUCAAUUCGUCUUGGCUCAACCUCAGCAUGAUCGGUUGCACAGCGCUCCACCCAUGUUACAGCGCUUCAACUCAAUGCCGAACGUGCCGACUGUCAGUUCAUGGAAUGAAGCUCAACAGUUCCAAGGUACGGGUAGCUUCGGUGACGUGCAUUCUGUCGGAGGAGGUAGAAGUCACGAUGGUGAAGAAUGGGGAGAUUUGGAGGAUCAUGUCAUGGCUGAUGGAGAAGAUGCUUCGACUGUUGAUGGAGGUGAUCAUGACGGUCACGGUAAUACCUCGCAAUCGAGUAUCGAAGCUCAAAAAUCCGCUGCUCAGGCUCAAUGGGGUGAAUCAAUGAUUUACCCUAUCCCUCCUUCUCACUUACACAGAGAUCAACCUAGGGCGUUUUCAGCCGCAUCUUCUUCUUCCUCUGCUACUUUGGUAGCGCCGAGUAUGAACGGUACCGCCCCUACUUUACCUCCCAUCUCUGUUUUCUCACAACAUCCUAAUCAUCCUCAUCAAGGUCAUUCACACGCGAUGGCAUUGACACCGAUUCAUCCUGUCCAUCCACAUCAUCUCUAUCCUACUCCGAUAACCGCCAACGGUUGGGUAUACCAUCAUGGACCUCAUACACCAGAACAAGAAGCUCACAAUAUAACUCUCACCACUCCUCCCAAAGGUCUCGGUAUGCGUAAAGAGAGUGCCGUGUCGGCUGUCGGAUUGGGUAUUGCCAAUGUUCAUUUUGACGAACGGGAUGAAAGUUUCAUUGCGUCAAAAGAGGAGAUGGGUUCGGAAGCUGGAGACGGACAGAUGGAAGGGGUAGAUGAUGUGGAGGGUAUGGAAAAAGGCGAGGGUUUAGAAGAAGAUAGUGAUGAUGAGUUCGUAUUAGGUAAAAAGAAAAAGGGAGGAAAACGUGUGAGUGGGAAUAAAAAGAGUAAAACAACAAGAACGAGAAGAAAGUGA